AUGAAUCCUCGAGAGCCAGUACACGAGAAGGACACUAAACCUCCAGUCAAUGCUUCUAUGAAGGCCGGAAAUAAGGAGAAACCGGAUGCGCCGGCGAAUCUCGAGGCAGGUGUACAUCAAGAUGAGACUGUUGAGGGGGAAUCGGUACACGGAGAAGAUAUCUACCUUCAUGGAUUACCCUUGGUACUGAUGACACUUUCACUGAUGGUCGGUGUAUUGAUGAUUGCUCUGGAUAAUAGCAUCAUUGCUACUGCUAUACCAAAGAUUACGAGCAAAUUCGACAGUCUCGGUGACGUUGCCUGGUAUGCAUCGGCCUAUCUCCUCACCCAAAUGUCCUUCCAACCUACCUUCGGCAAGAUAUAUACCUUCUUCAAUCUCAAAUGGGUAUACCUGAUCUCGUCCAUAAUCUUCGAAGGGGGCUCUAUUCUUUGCGCUGCAGCACCGAGUUCAGCAGCCUUCAUUAUCGGUAGAGCCAUUGCUGGAAUCGGUGCAGCGGGUAUCUUCUGCGGCGCCAUGAUCAUCAUUUCCAAGAUUGUGGAGAUGAGAAAAAGACCGUUGCUGUUGGCCAUAAUAUCCAGUAUGUAUGGUAUUGCUUCAGUCAUUGGCCCUUCACUUGGUGGUGUCUUCACUCAUUCUAAACAACUCACUUGGAGAUUCUGUUUCUGGAUCAACUUGCCUCUGGGUGCCGUAAUGGCUCUUAUAAUCUGUUUUUACUAUCCUCUCUCACUCGGUGAAGCUCCAGAUAGCGACCAUAGUCUCAAGGAAAAGAUACUUGGCCUCGGCCUCAAAAGCGCAUUGAUUCUUGCAGGAGCUCUGGUAUGCCUCUUCCUUGCUCUUCAAUGGGGAGGCACCAAACAUCCUUGGUCCGAUUCACGUGUAUGGGGCUGUUUGGUUGGCUUUGGUCUUCUUCUGACACUGUUCGUGUUCAUUCAAAUACGACAAGGAGAAGCCGCCUUGAUUCGCCCUCGCAUCAUCUCACAGAGAUCCGUCUUCCUAGGAUGUCUGUUCUCUGCGUUGUAUCAGGGAGCUAUGACCACGCAGAGUUACCAUCUGCCGUUCUAUUUCCAGGCUGUCAAAGGAGUGGACCCCCAAACAUCCGGUGUUGACAUUCUUCCUCACGGGGUUACCGUCACGAUAGCUACUCUUAUUACCGGCUCUAUUAUCACUUGGCUAGGAUACUACGUACCGUUCAUGUGGGCCGGCUCAGCCAUUUUCACAACUGGUGCAGGUCUGCUGUACACGAUCUCGCAAAACACCCCAACAGCGCGAUGGUUCGGCUAUGAAGUUCUAGCUGGGGCUGGCUUUGGUAUAGCGAUCCAAAUCCCAAUCUUCGCUGUACAAGUCGUAUUAAGUGCAGGUGACAUUCCCCUGGGAACAGUGCUGAUCAUCCUAUCCCAAGCCCUGGGAGGUUCAGUGGGUCUGUCCAUCUCCCAAAACGUCUUCCAGAACUCUCUCCGCCAAAGGCUAAAGACAAUAGCCGACAUUGACAUACAAGCCGUUAUCGCAGCGGGCGGGACUGAUUUGGAACAUGUCGUGUCGGCUGACUCUCUCGCCUACGUCAGAGAUGCGUUUAGGUAUGGCAUCUCAAAUGCCUUCCUUGUAUCGACGGCACUUGGCGGCAUCGCUUUUUUGGCAAGUAUCGGAAUGGAGCGAAGAAAGAUCAAGUCAAAGAAGGAAGGAGGUGAAUAA